AAAAACCGACAUACGAUGUAUUCGGCAACGUAGUAAUUCUUUGCCCAAGCAGCUAACGAGCCGAUCAGUGGUGAAGAGGAUAAAAGAAUAUUUUGUGACGUAACUUGUCUUGAUGGAAGGAGAAUUGUGAGCAGUGCACACUGUACUCUGUACAGUAUACUUAGGGGUUGACAGGACUGAAUUGUCAAUAGUAGUAAGAGGCUUUUGAAUUUUCAAGGCUUUACUGAAGACAAUCUAGUGUGUGUACAGGCCUUCCAUAAUGGGUACUAUGAGUGAGGUGGUCACAUCACGACCUCCCACAUUUGAGAAGAAGGCAUCUACUACUCAAGCACCCAUUGCUGACAAGCAGAAACCUAGCAUGUGCUCUGAUCAGCAUGGUACCCAGAAUGUCGAUAAAUCUGAUUCAUGCAUUGAAUGUCAGCUACAACCGGUUGAAUCCUUUGGCCCAUACUUCAGGUUGAUUCCUUGUAGUGGUCAGGUUAAGGAACUGCAGACAAUCAUCCGUGACCGAAAUACAUCAAGAAGUGACUUCAAAUUUUACGCUGACAGAUUAAUUCGUCUGGUGGUUGAAGAGGGUCUUAAUCAGCUGCCUUACUCUGACUGCACCAUUACCACUCCAACUGGGUGGCAAUACCAGGGCUUGCAGUUUGUCAAAGGCAAUUGUGGAGUUUCCAUUGUCAGGUCUGGAGAAGCUAUGGAACAGGGGUUACGAUCAUGUUGCCGAUCCAUCAGGUUGGGGAAGAUUCUAGUCGAAUCUGAUUUGGAAACCCACGAGGCACGGGUUGUGUACGCAAAGUUUCCAGAUGAUAUAAGCCAACGGAAAGUUCUCCUGAUGUACCCCAUUAUGAGUUCAGGCAACACAGUGAUCAAAGCAGUUAAUGUCCUUCAAGAACAUGCAGUAGAUGAAGAAAACAUCAUUCUUCUCAACUUGUUUUCCACCCCAGCAGCGGCUCGCACCAUCACUGGGGCUUUCCCAAAAAUGCACAUUCUUACUUCAGAGGUUCACCCAGUUGCACCAAACCACUUUGGUCAGAAGUACUUUGGUACUGACUAAUAACAAUGAGUGUUGGCAAUUAGAACAAUUCAUAUAUGUACAGGAGACUGGAUAAGGCCUGAGACACCAGAUCUCACAUCUAGCAUGAAUUCUACUAGAAGCAAUGGGGGUAAAAUACACCAUCUGGCAAUGUAAAAAAAAAAUCUGGCAAAUCAAUACUGUACACUGCAUGUCCUAUAUUAUUCCGAAGCAAGAUGCUAGGAGGAUAAUUUUGGUGAUGUGGUUUGCCGUUUAGGACACAAGCUAUUUUAGACCUAACAAUGUAAUUUUUAUAUUUUUAGGCACAGUACUGUAUGCUCGAUAUUUUCUUAUGUAUGAAUGGAAAAAAUGUGGGAAUCACUAUUAAAAAUAGGAUUGGCCAGAUUUUCCAUCUUAACAGAUAUUUAUUUCUUUACAAAAGAAAGGCCCCCAAAAAACUUCCAGAGCACAGUGUACAUUAUUUGUAAUUCAUUACAGCUAUGUAAUUAUGAAGACAAUAAUAAUCACUGUAUUUUCAACAAUCUUAGAUCAUCUUAAAAGCACAAUAAUAAUGGCUAAUUUGGUGGAUUUUAUGUAUUUUCCUGUCUGACAGUUUUGUCAAAUGCAAGAUGCGAGAUCUUGUGUGUCUUGCGCCUAAAUGAAAAUUAGGUAUGUAGAGAUGCCAAGUGAGAUGAAGUUCAAGUUGCCAUAGAUGUGUGCAGUAUGAAUCAGUUUCAUUAUGGGUGAGUUGCUUUACUUGUAAGUGCAGAUGCACAUCAGUUUGUUAAACUUAUCAUUUAUGAUACUGUACUGUAUUAAAAAUGUACACAGAUGUACGGGCUAUAUUCUUCAAGGUAGUUAGGCUGCAUUUGCAGUAUUAGCUUUUAUUUAUAUUUUCAUAUUAUUUAUACACCUUAUUUCUAUAUUUCUUCUAAAUACUAAAUUUGGCAAGUGUUAUUGUACAGAAUGCAAGAUAUUCUUUAAUUCACUGAAAGUAUCUUGAGUUUAAGUAGUUAAUAACGAUAUGCUGUGAUUCAUUUAGUCCAGUUUAUUAGUUAACACUGCCAAGUAAUGUAUAUAGAAAUUACUUUAUAGAGAAAAUAUGUGAUUCACUCAGUACAGUAUAUAUAUAAAGGGUCAGAGUAUGAAUUUUAUAUAAAAUAAGGAGUAAAUCAUGAAAAGGCAAUGUGAAAAAAGAUGACCCAUGAUGACCAAUGUUAUGUGACUAUAAACAGAAUUCGCCCUUAUCCCAGCUGUUUCUCCCUCGCUGUUCAUCUUAUAUUUAUAUAAAUUUUAAAACAGGCUAAUUGUUUCUGGAGUUUUUCAUUGAUACGAAGUAUCUUGCUUCAAUAAAUUCUGGUAAGAUUUUCAAGUGGUUUAAGCUGUUAAAGAGAGGAAUAGCUUGGCUUGCUGCAGCUUCCAUUGAGGUACAGGGCAAUUCAAAUUGUUUGAAUAGUAAUUUCAUGCAUUUAUUAUUUUAUUUUUUCAAACUACCGAGUCUCAGCUCCAUCUCAUCCUGUUACUCUCACCAUCAUCUCGUCUCAUUGUAACUACCAAUUUGUCCCCAGAACAUUCCUAUGUUUGGGAGUCCAUGCCUCCUAUUCACCUUCUCUCGGAUAGAAACAUGUCAGUCUGUCACUCAAGACCAGAACGACACAGUUUCUUAAGUGGUAAAUGGAGGACAUAAGAAUAUUUUAUUAUUUGCAUCAUUUUACAUAACUUGAUGCAGCUGACUCCCAUUUAUACAAAUGUACAUCACAUGCCAUGUACUGCAUUUGAUACCGAGUGGCAAAUCUUUCCAUUUUUGUCCUAUACUCAAUUAACUAAAAUAAGUAAUACAUGUAUUUAUGACUGCACAAUCUUUAUAAUUGCAAUUUUUUUAGCAAAGCUUACAUGGGCUUGCGAUAAUUUUUAAGCCUAUUUCAAGCAAUAUUUCUCAAAGAAAAAAGUUAUGUAUACUGUGUCCAAAGUUAAAUAAAUAAAGAAAGUU